AUCAUCUUCAGCCGGUGGCUGCUGUGAAAGGCUGGGCGCGGCGCGAUCCACUCAGCUGGGGGCUCCAGACUGAACUCUCGCGUCUCUCCUGGUCUUCUCUGCACCUGCUUCAGCGCCCGGGCCUAGAGACCCCCUCGGGCCGGCUCUGAGAACUCGAGGGACACAGCUAGCGGACCUUGCCAGCUCCGCCUGAUCCAUUCAUUGAGACCAAGUCCCCCGCCUUCUCCAGCUUGCAGCUGCGGGCCACGCCAUGGAGAAGAGCAGCGAGACCAACGGCUGCCUAGACAGCGCCCAGGCGGGGCUUGCAGAGGGGCCCGAUGGGCCCGGGGCCACGGCCAGUCGCGCGCGGCGCUGCGCCGGCUUUCUCCGGCGCCACGCGCUGGUGCUGCUCACGGUGUCCGGGGUGGCGGCUGGCGCCGGCCUGGGCGCGGCGCUGCGUGGGCUCAGGCUGAAUCGCACACAGGUCACCUACCUGGCCUUUCCCGGCGAGAUGCUGCUCCGCAUGCUGCGCAUGAUCAUCUUACCGCUGGUGGUCUGCAGCCUGGUGUCGGGUGCCGCCUCCCUCGACGCCAGCUCUCUCGGGCGCCUGGGUGGCAUCGCCAUCGCCUACUUCGGCCUCACCACGCUGGGCGCCUCGGCCCUUGCGGUCGCUUUGGCAUUCAUCAUCAAGCCUGGAUCUGGCGCGCAGACCCUUCAGUCCAGCGACCUGGGUCUGGAGGAGUCGGGGCCCCCACCGGUCCCCAAAGAGACAGUGGACUCUUUCCUCGACCUGGCCAGAAACCUCUUUCCAUCAAAUCUCGUGGUUGCAGCUUUCCGUACGUACGCAACCAGCUAUGAAGAGGUGACCCACAACACGAGCAAUGGGAACAUCACCCGUGAAAAGGUGCAGCUGUGAAAAAAAAAUGUAAACAAUAUCCUGAAAAUAUCCAUGUUGAUUCUGAACACCUUGUUUUGAAAUUUGUCAGUGAGGAGAUGAUGGUAAGAGCCCAGCAAUGAAGAAUUUGUUGUUUUUGGUGGUGGUGGUGGGGGUCUUUUUAGGGCCGCAUCCACGGCAUAUGGAAGUUCCCAGGCUAGGGGCCUAAUCGGAGCUACACCUGCUGGCCUACACCACAGCCACAGCAACACCAGGUCUGAGCUGCAUCUGUGACCUACACCACAGCUUGCAGCAACACCAGAUCCUUAACCCACUAAGCAAGACCAGCAUUCGAACCUGCAUCCUCUUGGAUACUGGUCAGGUUCAGAACUGCUGAGCCACAACGGGAACUCCCAAGAAUUUGUUGAUAUUUAGGGGGCAGAAUUAACAAUCAUUGACUCUUGAUCAGAAGGACCUUUUCACCAACCAGCUCUUCUUUUAUAAGCAGCCUUUCCAAGUGCUUGUCUGACCUCUAGUUGAAUAUAUCCAGUGAUAAGGAGCUCACUACUUUCUGCUUCAACCUAUGCCCAUUUUGAACAGCUUUCAGAGUUAACAAGUAGGUGAAAUUUUUUUUUCUUGGCCAUACCCACAGCAUGCAGAAGUUCCCGGGCCAGGGCUUGAAUCCACACCACAGCAGAGACCUGAGUUACCGCAGUGACAACACCGGAUAUUUAACCCACUGAGCCCCUGGGGAGUUCCCAACAAUUGGUGAAAUUUGUGUUUGUUGACUUUCCAUAUCCUCAGACUCCAUCUCCCCUCAAGUUUCCUGCCCCUUGAUCUGUGAAACCACUGGGCGGCGGGCAGGGUGGCAGAGGGAGGGGGUUGCUAAAGGAAAUAUAGGCCUUUUCCCCUUUUGGGCGUGGUGUUUGUGUCUGGUGGAAACACUAGCAAAUGUAUCUUUAAUUCUCACUCAUCUGUUGUCGACUUAGUUCCGCUGUCCCCUCUGACCCUACAGAUCCCCAUUGGCACCGAGAUUGAAGGGAUGAACAUUUUAGGUUUGGUCCUUUUUGCCUUGGUGUUGGGAGUAGCCCUGAAGAAACUCGGCUCUGAAGGAGAGGAGCUCAUUCGUUUUUUCAAUGCCUUCAAUGAGGCAACGAUGGUGCUGGUGUCAUGGAUUAUGUGGUACGUACCUGUUGGCAUCACGUUCCUGGUGGGAAGCAAGAUUGUGGAAAUGAAGGACCUCAUCGUGCUGGUGACCAGCCUGGGGAAAUAUAUCUUCACCUCCAUAUUGGGCCACCUUAUUCAUGGAGGAAUUGUUCUGCCCCUGAUUUAUUUUGUUUUCACGCGGAAAAACCCAUUCAGGUUCCUCCUGGGCCUCGUCACGCCAUUUGCAACAGCAUUUGCCACCUGCUCCAGCUCAGCAACCCUUCCCUCGAUGAUGAAGUGCAUUGAAGAUAACAAUGGUGUAGACAAGAGGAUCAGCAGGUUCAUUCUUCCCAUCGGGGCCACCGUGAACAUGGACGGAGCUGCCAUCUUCCAGUGCGUGGCCGCCGUGUUCAUUGCCCAGCUCAACAAUGUGGAGCUGAAAGCAGGACAGAUUUUCACCAUCCUAGUGACAGCCACGGCAUCCAGUGUUGGAGCAGCAGGUGUGCCAGCUGGAGGGGUCCUCACCAUCGCCAUUAUCCUGGAGGCCAUCGGGCUGCCCACUCAAGACCUCUCUUUGAUCCUGGCUGUGGACUGGAUUGUGGACCGCACCACCACUGUGGUGAAUGUGGAGGGCGAUGCUCUGGGUGCCGGCAUCCUCCACCACCUGAACCAGAAGGCCAUGAAGAGGGGAGAGCAGGAGCUGAGCGAGGUCAAAGUGGAGGCCGUCCCCAACUGCAAAUCAGAGGAGGAAACAUCACCCCUGGUGACACACGCAAACCCUGCCGGCCCAGCGGCCAGCACGCCUGAGUCCAAGGAGUCGGUUCUGUGAUGGGGCUGAGCUUCCAGCUCGCCUGCCGGGGGUGCCGUCCCCGUCAGUCUGGCCGCAGGGUCCCCCCAGCAUCACCCUCGCCGACUUUUAGUCUCCCGAGCAAUGCUUUGGCCCAGUCACCAGUUUGAGGAUUACUUCUCGGCACAGGCAUCGGGCUUCCCAGUGGGAAGUGGUUCCGAGGACCACAACACUCUGACACUUGGCUUGACCAUGUCAAGGUGCAACUAUGUGCACCCAGGCUCUGUUUGUAAUCACGCCCUCCAGCUUCCAGGCCCCGGAAGUAACACGCUCGUGGGGACCUGAUGGUUAAAGCUUGGAAAAUGCACCUAUUACUUCAUUGCUCCUAUGAAAGCUCGGCAUUGGGUGCUUUCUGGGUAGACCUGGGUGGGUGGCAGUCAUCUGUCGCAUUGCCUGUGAGCCAUAGUAAUUGGAAAAAUUCCCAAAUUAGCCUAAGCUGGAAUGUGCUGAGCCUGGGACUCGAGGUGUUGAGAGUCUGUGCCACAACAGGGUACAGCUGGCUUUUGGGUCACUGGGCUGGGGGCAACUGCACGUUGUCAAGUUAGAAAUACUCCAUGGUGUUAGCACGGCUGUGGUCUCUGGUCAGCAGUGUUAAGUAAGCAGUUACAUUCUGAGGUCAAAGAAAGGAGGGGGAGGAGAGCCCUGUGCAGGGGAAGGAAAGCAGCCUAAUCCGGACAGGACACACCACACACACACACACACACACACACACACACACACACACACACACAGCCCAUUCUGGCUCUAGCCCAGGGGGUUUUUCUGCUUUCAUGACCUGGGCUUCUGCCAACAUCAUGGCUUUAUCCUGGACCACUCCAAUUUGGCAACAGGCCAGAGAGGGGAGGUAUGAGGCAGUCAUUACAUUCGAGACCCAUGUUGGUCUAGCAAUUUAUUUUACAACUAGACCUUCCCUAAAAUGCUGCAUUGCAGAAGAAACUAAACAAAAAAAAAAAAGACGUUUUAAAUUGCAGACCCACUCCCUCAUUGGGGUGGGGUAGCCCCCUCCCCAGAUCCCCUGACUUUGGUGAUUUCCAUUGACUGGGCUUCCUUUCCUUCUACUACAUCAAAAGUUUACAACUGUAAGCCAGAUGGUCCACCUGACACUUGCUGACCCCUCUAGGUGAAGGGGCUUUAUAGAGAGGACUGGUAUUGCCAGUGCAGGGAAAGACCUCAAAGGCACAAGACUGCCAUCUCACUAAGGCCGUUGGCAUGUGCCAUGGGGUGACCCGCAGCAAGUCCUAGGGCCUCACUUUACCCCAUUAGUAAAGUGGGGCUGACGUCACCUGCCCCUUACCUACCUCAGAGGGAUUGGGUGAGGUGAACUGAGUGAAUCUAUGGAAACGACCAUUUCACAUUUCACUUCUUGGAGGUCAAGUGCUAACACCCCUGUACCCUCCUCACUGUUACCUAAGUGAUACCUAAGUUCCCCAGGGAGCUCCUUCUCCCAGGGAGGACAGCUUUUAUGAGCAGAGCUUUGUUCUGUGUGCAGGAGCAGCUUCGAUCACGUCACUCAUUCUCUGCUACUUUCUUGUUAGCAUCAGAUGCGGUGUCUUCCGGAUGUCCUUCAACUUUUUGUGAUUCACUACUCCCUCCCACCCCACUUCCGGGUACCUGGCCUCCCCAUGACUCCCAGACCCAGGGCACCAUUUCUGCCACCAAACACUGGCCAUCAAAUAGCUCCCAGGCUUUAAGCCUCAUUCAUUCCCUUGUUUUUCCUGUCACUGUCACCUAGGCACUGCAGAAGGGGAACACACUGUCAGGAUGCAUCUCCAUCACAACUAGGAUGGGUGGGAGGGACAGAGACAACCAAGCUCCCCAGUAUUAAAAUUGAAGGGGGCGCGUGCCUGAGUGGAAGAAGUGGGGGAGAACCAAGAGGCGCAGAGCAGACCCGGCCAGUGGGCAGCCCCCGCUCCCUCCAGCCCUCUUCAAACCAGCUAAGCCGCUCCCGUCUCCUAUGAUGUAGGAGUGACUAGGAACUGGGCUGAGAGGUGCCUGGAAACCUUGACCCUCUGGCUCAUUGCUGAUGCCUUCUGUUUUCAAAGGGGAAACAAUCCCAUGGUUGGAAUGCAAACAACAGUUGAGCAUUCACUGAUUUUCAGGCUUCAGUCAAUCUUAUCUUUCCUUCUGCAUAUAUACAGUUUUAUAUAUACAUACAUAUGUGUAGCCCAUAUAGGGGGGUUAUCUGUGUGUGUGGCGUGUGUGUGUGUGUGUGUGUGGCGUGUGUGUGUGUGUGUGUGUGUGUGUGUGUGUGUUUUAGCUCCAGUCCAAGCAAGUUUGAUUUGGGACAGAGGUGAACUAACUGCCAGUGGUGUAUGGCUUCGGCAUCAGGAUAUUCCUGUUUCUAAAGGUGAAUUUCACAAAACGUGGACAUUAGAGCCGGACCAUCGGACCCCGGGACUGCGUAUCCUCUGCGCUGGGCCUGGAGCACCCUGGUCUGGGGAAGGUGCUUCCGUUUAAAAUCCCGACCAUGGCAGCUCCCCUCUCCCGGUGGCUCCCUGUCCACAAGAGGGACGAGACCACACGUGACCUGGCUGGGGAAAAUGCUACUUUGUCAUUGUCUGAUGAUGUCUCGUCUGCUCUUCUAACGUAAAUACUGUGCAUCUCUGACCGUUUUGUAUGCGUGACACUUGCCUUAAAACAUAGCGGUCUUCCAAAAUGAAUAUAGCAUUUCUACUAGAA